AUGGACGUUGAUGAUGGUGGGGGAAGCGGUGGCUCUGUUGCUGCUGAGGUGGUUGAAGCUGGAGGAGGUGGUGGGGGUGCCUCUGAGCCGGAUAAGAAGAAGAGUGUACCAGAAGGGGAGCCUAAAGUGAAGAGGAAAAUGAAAACUGCUGCCGAAUUGGAAAUUCUUGAGAAAGCUUAUACUGUGGAGACAUACCCAUCUGAGGCAUUAAGAGCAGAGUUGGCUGUGAAAUUGGGGCUUUCUGAUCGGCAAUUGCAAAUGUGGUUCUGUCACAGGAGGUUGAAGGACCGUAAGGGCCCAGCAGAGAAGCGAGCAAAGAAGGAGGCUUCUCCGGGAAUGGCGCCUGGAUUGUCCAGUGGGGCAGGUGGAGAAAUGAUGGUUGGUCAUGGAGCUGAGCAGGGGAACGAUCACGGUAUGACAUUAGGGCGAAAUACAAUUAGGCCUAAGGAAAUUCAUCACCGUAGAGUUGCUCAUCGUACGGGGACUGCUUUGGCUAGGAUUGGACCUGAAUUGCCGACUGUAAAGAGGUUUUAUGAACCUCCCCAAGCCUUGUCCGAGCUUAGAGCUAUUGCUUUUGUGGAAGCACAAUUAGGGGAGCGACUGCGGGAGGAUGGUCCUGUUCUUGGAAUGGAGUUUGAUCCACUGCCACCCGGAGCAUUUGGUUCUCCUUUAGUGGCAUCAGGACCCCAGAAACCAAGUGUACGGCUUUAUGAGACUCAAGUAUUCGAGAGCCCGGACGCUAAAGUCAUACAGGGUGGCAAGAGGACCAUCCACGAAUAUCAGUUUCUUCCAGAGCAGCCAUCUCUUAGAGAUGAUAUUCGCGAAAGAGAUGUUUCUAUCCAUCAGUAUGGCUCCCCAAUAGAUGCUCAAAAUUCUGUGACUCCAUUGCCUGCUAUGAGGUCCUCUAUGCAUGGAUCUGAGCAGCUGCAUCCUGCUUAUGGUUUCCAGGGUAAAUUGUCAAGUUUAAAUUUGGCUCCCCAACUUGGAAGCCAGGGCCAUCAAAUAUAUCCACCUUCAGGGCAGAUUGAUAAUGUUCCACCCAAGAACACUUUUGUGGAUACUGACACGGAUGCACAUGUUUCUCAUCCUAUAAUGGGGCCUGAAACGUCAUUCUUACCGUCUUACAGACGGGGCAUCCAUGACGAGGAGCAGCGUAUCGAGAGGAAGCGCAAGAUUGAAGAGGCAAGAAUUGCGAAGGAAGUUGAAGCUCAUGAGAAGAGAAUCAGGAAAGAACUUGAGAAGCAGGAUUUGUUAAGGCGAAAGAGAGAAGAGCAAAUGAGGAAGGAGAUGGAGAGGCAAGAUAAGGAAAGGCGGAAGGAGGAAGAAAGGCUAAUGCGUGAAAAGUUACGAGAGGAGGAGAGGUAUCAGAGGGAGCAAAGGCGCGAAAUGGAACGGCGGGAGAAGUUUCUACAGAAAGAGUCUAUAAAGGCAGAGAAAAUGAGGCUUAAAGAAGAAAUGCGGAGAGAAAAAGAAGCUGCAAGGCUUAGAGCUGCUCAGUUUAGGGCUAAAGCUCGCCGGAUUGCAAAGGAAUCAAUUGAAUUACUAGAUGAUGAACAUUUGGAACUUAUGGAGUUAGCUGCCUCAAGCAGGGGGUUGCCCUCUGUUUCGGCUCUUGACAGCGAAGCUCUGCAGAAUCUUGCUUCAUUUGAAGACGCCCUUACGGAUUUUCCUCCCAAGACUGUGAACUUGAAAAGACCAUUUGGCGUACAGCCUUGGGUAGAUUCCGAGAUGAAAGUUGGCAACGUUUUAAUGGUUUGGAGAUUCUUAACAACUUUCUCUGAUGUUCUUGGUCUUUGGCCCUUCACUUUGGACGAAUUUGUCCAAGGAUUACAUGAUUACGAGCCAAGGUUGCUGGGAGAGAUACACAUAGCCCUCAUGAGAAACAUUAUUAAAGAUGUUGAAGAUGUUGCUAAGAUUCCUGCCCCUGCAGUUGGGGCGAAUCAAACUUCCAACCCUGGAGGUGGUCAUCCACAUAUUGUUGAAGGGGCUUAUGCUUGGGGUUUCGAUAUAAGAAGUUGGAAACUUCACUUAAAUCCAUUGACAUGGCCUGAAAUUCUGAGGCAGUUAGCUUUAGCUGCAGGAUUUGGUCCAAAAUUGACUAAUUGUGAGCGAGCAAAUCUUCAUGAUGAAAAUGAGGGCAAUGAUGGUGUAGAUAUCAUAUCAGACUUGCGGACUGGAGCUGCUGCAGAGAAUGCUGUUGCCAAAAUGCGACAACGGGGUAUUUCAAAUCUUCGGAGAUCUGGACACCGGCUAACACCUGGAACAGUAAAAUAUGCCGCAUUUCAUAUCCUCUCACUUGAGGGAAGCAAGGGCAUUACAAUAAUGGAAGCAGCUGAGAAGAUUCAGAAAUCUGGUCUUCGAGAUCUUACCACGAGUAAGACUCCAGAAGCAUCCAUUGCUGCCGCAUUAUCCAGGGACACAAAGCUUUUCGAGAGAACUGCCCCUUCCACGUAUUGUGUGCGUGCUCCCUUCAGAAAAGACCCUGCUGACGCUGAGGCUAUACUUGCUGCUGCUCGGGACAAGAUUCAAGCUUACAAGAAUGAAUUUUUGGAGACAGAAGAGCCUGAUGAUGCAGAUCGAUAUGAGGAAUCAGAAAGUGACGCGCCCGAUGAUCCUGAUGUGGAUGAUUUAGAUAAUGAACUGAAAUUAGAUGAGGACGCUCCUCAUUCUUGGGAACCAAGCAGUUGUGAGGGCAUGCAUUCUUCUGCUGAUAGAAAAGAACUGCAUAAUGAUUUUAUGAAGGUGACGCCUACUAACUGUGCAAGUCCAGACAGAAGUUUAAAUGUUGUCGAUCAAAGUGAAGAACUGAAGCUAAAGGGUGCUGGAGCAUCUGCUGAUCAGUCUGCUGCCGUUAUUGCUGUUGCCGAAAGUCAUGUGGCGGUAUCCAAUCAAGAAGAAAUUGUGAUUGAUGAGAGCUACCUUGGUGAAAUUUGGGUACUAGGACUAACAGAAGGCGAUUAUUGUGAUUUAAGUGUUGAAGAGCGCUUAGAUGCACUUGUUGCUUUAGUUGGCAUAGCUAAUGAAGGAAAUUCCAUUCGUGUUGUUUUAGAGGAACGCCUGGAAGCAGCAAAUACGUUGAAGAAGCAAAUGUGGGCAGAUGCACAGCUCGACAAGCGUCGCUUUAGAGAGCAUUAUGCAUUGAAGGUGCACUAUCCACUGCUCCCAGGGAACAGAUCCGAGAAUAAUAUUUCUUCCUUAGCAGAAUCGGCAGACCCAGCCAAUCACCUAGAAAAUUUAGGUGAUCCCGAGAGAAUUCCAAAUUAUUCUGAUAAUACUCCUGCUGAUAGAAAUGUGGCAUUUCCAGAGUUGCCCGGUGCUGAUUUAAUUCCCCAAUCCAUAUAUGCUGCCGAGAAGUCUCGAUCAGAGAUAAAAGCUUAUAUUUCCCAGAGGGCGGAGGAGAUAUAUGUGUACAAGUCAUUGCCUCUUGGGCAAGAUCGAAGACGUAAUAGAUAUUGGCAAUUUAUUGCAUCAUCUUCUCGUAGUGAUCCUGGCACUGGCAGGAUUUUUGUGGAGUUACAUGAUGGUCGUUGGAGGAUCAUUGAUUCUGCAGAGGAUUUUGAUGCGUUGCUGGCAUCUUUAGAUGUGCGUGGAAUUAGAGAGUCUCAUUUGCAUUCAAUGCUGCGGAGAGUUGAAACUUCUUUCAGAGAAACUGCUGGGAGGAAUUCGUGCUUGUUUUUGAAACGCCAAGAUGGAGGUGAUUUGAAAAUAGAGGGUGAAGAGAGCCCUAAAAGCAUGAUAUCUGGUUUAGAUCUUGAGGCAACAGCAGCAAUUACUGCUAUCAAACUUAGAAGUUCUGAAUUGGAGAAAAUUGAAAGCUUGAAGAGAUAUAAAGAUUUUGAGAAGUGGAUCUGGGAAGAAUGUUUUAAUUCCAUGAAAUGGCGUGCUUUGAUGUAUGAGGCGGCUAAACGCAAACAGUUGCUUAACAUUUGUACCCGUUGUCAUGAUCUGUACUUCCCUGAGGACCAGCACUGUUCCUUCUGCCAUACAAAUUACAGUAUUAGUUGCAAAAAUUCAAGCUUUGAAGAACAUGUUUCGAAGUGCCAGGAGAAAUAUGAAGCAGAGAUUAGCAGUAAUUUAGCCAAAAUGGAGUCGUCACCUACCUUGAGGAUCAGACUACUGAAAGCCCAAUUAGCUUUCCUUGAGGCUGCCCUUCUGCCGGAAGCUCUUGAGGCUUUUUGGACAGAAGAUUAUCGGAUAUCAUGGUGUAGGAAACUGCAAGGGGCAUCAACUUCUGAAGACAUCCUUCAGAAUCUGACGCUACUGGAGAGUGCUGUAAAGAGAGAUUUCAUAGCCUCAGAUUUUGAGACGACCUCUGAAUUGUUGGGUUACAGUACAAUGAGACAUCCAGUUGGUGGCAUCCCUGUCCUUGAUGUAACUGCAGUGCUUCCAUGGAUACCCCAGACAUCGUCUGCUGUGGCGCUAAGAUUGAUGGAGUUUGAUAACUCAAUAUUUUACUCCCUGAAACAGAAGGAAGAUUUUGAGAAAGAGAAAGGAUCCAAACAUGUAAUUACAAUUCCACCAAGAAGUAUUGCUACCAGGAAUAGUUCAGAGACUCCAUUUAAGGAUCCUCCACAUGAUACUAAUGUGCCAAAAGAUAAUUGGGAUGGUCCAGGCACAGAGCGUAGCAGCUCAGGAUGCAGGGCGGGAAACAUUAGUAUAUACGUUGGGAGACCUCAGAGAAGUGUUUCAGAGGCCAAAUCUAGACCCGGUCAAGGAAUAACUGCAACAAACGUGGAUAAAUUUGCGGGGUUGCCUAGGUGGAAGGGUCGAACACGUGGACGUGGUGGUCGUAAGGGGGGUCGUCGUACAGUUAAAACUAGGCUGAAAUCGGGGAAAAAGGCAUCGGGAACUGCUGGAAGAAGAGAUAUUGCCAGCCCCGGCAUUUAUGAAGAGUCUCCUAGCUUGUAUGAUAAGCAAGAAUGGUCUGCAGAAGCAGCAACACCUAUUCUGGCUGACGAAGCUGGAAAUCUCAGCAGCUCAGAGAAGUCAGAAUCUGAUGAUGAGAAUGGCCAAACAGCUGGGGACGACUACGAUGAUGCCGCGAUAGAUGAUUACUCGGGCGGUCUCCUUGGGAAAUCGACACCCUCUAUGGAGGCUCUCGACUUCGCUGCUGGUGAGGACAAUGAGAAGGAUGAUGUCGAUGAAGAAGACGAAGAUUAUGUAGACGAGGAAGAGGAUGGUCGUGGGAAUAAUAGACAAAGAGAGGAUGCUAUGGAAGGAAGUUUUAGUAGUGAUUCUGAAGGAGGGAACCAUAGAUUUGGGGGUAGAGAUCAAAUGGAUGGUCAGUAUAAGGGCUUGGAGUUUUCAUCAUCCGAGUAUAGUGAUUAG